AUGGGGGUUUCUGAGUGUGUUUGGGGUCCUGGCUGGAAGGAGGUUUCUAAGUGUGUUUGGGCUCCUGGGUGGAAGGAGGUUUCUAAGUGUGUUUGGGCUCCUGGGUGGACGGGGGUUUCUAAGUGUGUUUGGGCUCCUGGGUGGAAGGAGGUUUCUAAGUGUGUUUGGGCUCCUGUGUGGAAGGAGGUUUCUAAGUGUGUUUGGGCUCCUGGGUGGACGGGGGUUUCUAAGUGUGUUUGGGCUCCUGGGUGGAAGGAGGUUUCUAAGUGUGUUUGGGCUCCUGGGUGGAAGGAGGUUUCUGAGUGUGUUUGGGCUCCUGGGUGGAAGGAGGUUUCUGAAUGUGUUUGGGGUCCUGUGUGGAAGGAGGUUUCUAAGUGUGUUUGGGCUCCUGGAUGA